GCAUCUCAGCCACGAUCAAACCAGCCGGCCGCAAUGAUCCGACCCUCGCUGCUGCUGCAUCUGCGAACACAGCUGCGUCUGAGCACAUCCCUGCAUCGCCAGGGGCUCUUCACGUUCGCCUCCAAGCCAGAUCGCCUGGCCGAGUUCGGGCGGUAUGACCUGCUUCUACCCAAUCCUCAGGGCCAGCCGCAGCUCCCAUCGGCAAGCUUGCUCCAGCGCUCGGUGCCGGCCCACAUCCGCCGCCCUCUCUACGAUGCGCAUACCGGCCGACCGCUCGUAUUUCUGCCCGAGCCCGAGAUCAAGUCGAGCGAAGCCAUCGCCAAGAUGAAGGCCUCGUGCCAGCUGGCCAAGAAGAUUCUUCAAAUCGCAUCCGAGGCCGCUCGAGAGGGAGUCACCACCAACGAGAUCGAUCGGAUCGCCCACGACCAGAUUAUCACGCACAACGCAUAUCCCAGCCCGCUGGGCUACAUGGGGUUUCCAAAAUCCAUCUGCACCUCGAUCAACAACGUUGUCGUUCAUGGAAUUCCGGACGAUCGACCCUUGAAGAACGGGGAUAUGAUCAACAUUGACGUAACGGUUUAUCUGGACGGGUACCAUGGCGAUACCAGCGCGACGGUGCUUGUCGGCGACGUGGACGAAGCAGGUCGGCAACUUGCCGAGAAAACCAAGGAGGCCAUGCAUCAAGCUAUCGCCCUGUGCAAGCCCGGGGCAUACUUUAGCGACAUUGGAUAUGUGAUCAACACCAUCGCUGAUCAGAACGGAUACUCUGUCAACUCUGAGUUUUGUGGGCAUGGAAUCGGUCGCCACUUUCACGAACCGCCGUUGAUAUAUCACUUUGAGAACGACGAAGACGGAGUGAUGGAAGAAGGAAUGACGUUCACCAUCGAGCCCAUAUUCAAUCAGGGCACAUCGGACACCCUGAAAUGGGACGACAACUGGACCGCAGUGACCAAGGACGGCGGCCGCUCGGCCCAGUUUGAGCACACCAUCCUGAUUACCCAAGACGGUCAUGAAAUCUUGACGGCUUGAUGGCAGCGCUCAAGCUCAGCUCUGGAAGCAUGGGCGGGGGAUUGGAGGCGCUGUCUGCCUGUCCCCGAUCUCGGAAGUCGGGCUCUGGGCGAUGGGAGACUGGUUUGUGUUGGCUGGGGUUGGUCGGCGAGAUGCCGUCCUCUUCAUAUCCAUGGUGGUGCCACGCCUGGAGGAAUAACAUAUCAUCGCCAUGAUAUUCGGUCCGCCCUGGUAUCAUGCAAGGGCGAUUGGGCGGCUCAAAGCUCGGACACGCAAUGU